AUGACUACUUGGACUCCCUCUUCCGGCUAUGAUCCGCGCUCGGAGCUACUUCCCAACAUCUUUGACUACUAUGCCCAGGUCAAGCCAGAUGCCAUCUAUGCAGAAUACCCGGUGAACCCUAUGACCUAUGAGGAAGGCUACAGGCCAAUCACCUACAAAGCUUUGGCCAGCGCUAUCAAUGGUGUCGCUGGCUGGCUGACAAAGACCCUGGGCCCUGGAACAGGAGAAACUUCGGCCUAUCUUGGACCGAAUGACUUGCGAUACCCGGCAUUAGUAUUGGGCGCAGUCAAGGCUGGAUACUGUAUGUUUCUCGCGUCGCCGCGCAACAGUGCAGUGGCCCAUCAGUCGCUAUUCACUAAACUCGGGUGCGCGACGCUCCUGGCCCCAUCACCACGGCCGCCAUUCAUCGCGGGAAUUCUCGACGCCCACUCAGUGAAGGUUGUUGAUGUUCCUAGUAUGGCGGAACUACUCGCCACCGAGUAUCCAGUCUUUCCUUACCACAAAACCUAUCUUGAAGCAGCACAUGAUCGACUGGUUAUCCUUCACACAUCAGGAUCAACGGGAAUUCCUAAGCCCAUCAUCUGGACCCAUGACAGUGCCGACAGCUGGGGGUUCGGCAAGCGCAUGUAUCUCUCUUUGCCUCCUUUCCAUGCCGCUGGACUAGGGCAUAUUCUCUUUAUCACCAUGCCUGUUGAUACCACCCUGAUAAUGCCUACUGCUGCCGGUCUUCCCAGCGCGACCGGGAUGGUAGCGGCGAGGAAGCAGACCCCAUUUAACUGGGCAAUUGUUGUCGCAUCAAUCGUACUGGAAUUGUCCCAAUCGGCUGAUCUGCUGGAGUACUGCGGCAACCAUCUGGAGUACAUGAUCUAUUGUGGCGGGGAUCUGCCCCAGCCUGUCGGGGACAUAGUAGCCCGCAAGCUGAGAAUUGUGAACGGCUAUGGCGCUUCCGAGCUGGGGAUCCUAAAUGUGAUCCACGAUAUGGGCAAAUGGGAUCCCCUCAAAGACUGGCGCUAUCUUCCCUUCCAUCCACAGCUGGGCGUUGAAUUCCGGCAUGUGUCCGGGGACGAGUAUGAGGCGGUGAUGGUGCGCACACCAGAGCGCGAGGGUCACCAAUUUCCCUUUGCAAUCUUCACCGACCGACAGGAGUAUCACACCAACGACCUGAUGGUGCGCCACCCGGAUCCCGCCAAGUCGGACCUCUGGCGGCCGUCUGCAAGGUUGGAUGAUGUGAUUGUUUUCCUCAAUGGCGAGAAGACAGAUCCCGUCUCGAUGGAGGGCCACAUACUCGCCUCUAAUCCUGAGGUGACAGGGGCUCUGGUUGCCGGCGCGCAACGCUUUCAAGCCGCUCUUAUCAUUGAACUGGGCCACUCAGAAGUAGGACUGAGCACGAGCCACCGGGCCGCUGCCAUUGAAAGACUCUGGCCCAGCAUACAGCAGGCGAACGAGGAGUGUCCAGCCCAUGCCCGUAUCGCCAAGAGCCACAUUCUUUUCACCACUCCGGAGAAGCCCAUGCUGCGUGCCGGAAAGGGCACCGUACAACGCGCAGGUACUUUGGCAAUGUACGCAGCAGAGCUCGACGCCCUCUACGCGGACGCCGAGAAGCUUGCUCAGCAUGACGCUGUCGAAACACCCGGUCCCGGGGCUGUGAACGAUGUCGUCAAGGUUGCUGCGUUCAUCCGCGCGUCUCUCCUGGCCAUUACUGGUUGGAGUGCGGAGAAGGUGUCCGACACAGAAAGUUGGUUCACUCUAGGAAUGGACUCGUUGCAGGCAAUAACUAUGACGCGUGUGCUCAAGCAAGGUCUCAAUCUACCAACUCUCACACCUGACUUGAUUUAUUUGCACCCCUCGAUAACGGACCUUACCCAAGCAGUUCAACAGCUGGACGAGCAGGGCAAACAGUCUACCGAAGUUCAACAACAAGGUCUCCUUCAGGAGCGGGGCAAACUACUGGAGCUAUUUACCAGUCAAAUCGAACAGCCCAGCCCUGCCGCCAUUCACACUGCCAACACCACAAGCCCCGCAAAGCACACUGUGAUCCUUACCGGCUCCACCGGCCAGCUAGGAACUUAUAUCCUGGAUGCGCUCCUGAGAGACCCCUCUGUGGCGCACGUCCACUGCCUGAACCGAGGGGACCAUGCUCGUGAGAGACAACCCAACCGCAUCAAGGAGUAUAGCCUCACCCCACUGGCCGAUAACGAAGGCCGUCUAAGCUUCUGGACCGCGGACCUAAGCCAGGACGGCGAUUUGGGUCUAGAGCCCGAAGUCUACACCCAGCUGCAGCAAACCGCCACGCUAAUCAUCCACAGCGCCUGGACCGUGAACUUCAACCUCCCCCUAGCAACCUUCAAACCCCACAUGCAGGGCGUGGUAAAUCUGAUCAACUUCGCAACCCGCAGCCCACAAUCUCCGCAUCUAUUCUUCCUCUCAUCCAUCAGCUCGGUCAUGGGCCAUCGUAACAGCGAGUCUGGCCUGAUACCAGAAACCGUCCUUACCACCACCACCCCUGCCCCGAAUGGCUACGCUAACAGUAAAUACAUUGCCGAAAAACUGCUUGAUUACGCUGCGAAGCUGCAGGAAGUGCAACAAAAUAGCCCCGAACAAGCACGAGCUGCCCCAUCCUUCUCCUUCGCUCGAGCGGGCCAAGUCGCAGGCGCUGUGCGAUCUCCCGCCCUCUGGAAUCGCGCCGAGUGGUUCCCAAGUCUUGUUCAGAGCUCACGACACCUCCAGGCUCUGCCCAAUACCCUGGGUCUGAUGGACCGGAUAGACUGGGUACCUGUUGAUCAUCUAGCCGAAGUACUAGUUGAGCUAGCUCUUCUUGGUGCUGCCGACAAUCAUGGCUGCCCCUCUGCUACCGGUUCGCCCCGGGCGGUCCAAGUCUACCAUCCCGUCAACCUCCACUCCCUAUCCUGGGAUUUGAUACGGCCAGUCGUGGCCGACGCGCUUCUCGCGCGAGGCAAGGGCAACGCUGGAAAGAUGAUUGAAACAAUCUCAUUACGCGAGUGGGCGCAGCGUGUCCGGCGUGACAUCGAAGUAGCCAGUCAGAACCCGGCUGCCGAACUGUUAGAUUUCUUUGAGGGUUUGGAAACAGAACACACUCUACCAAUUGUCUUUGAGUCGGUGCACACUGCGAAGAUGAGUAAGAAGUUACGCGAGGUGGAGGGCGUACGGCCUGAGUGGUUGAGAAAGUGGAUUAGGGAAUGGUUGGCCUAA